AGGAGAAGAAAGCUACAACAUGGCGGCUGCGUCCAUUCCCACGAACCGGGCGCUGUGAGGAGCCAAGCGCCAGGAGCUGGAGCAGCUCUGCCUGUGCCGGGUCCUGGUUCCGGGGGUGCCCGCCCCGUCGCGGAAGUGGGGCUCGCACCCCUCCGCCGCGCGCGGCCAUGGGGGUGCAGGGCUUCCAAGAGUUCGUGGAAAAGCGCUGCCCGGGGGCUGUGGUGCCCGUGGACCUGUUGAAGCUGGCGCGGGCCGUCGGGGGCCGGGGCGGCGGGGGCCCUGCCUACUGCGCCGCCUUCCACCCGCCCCCCGCCGGCUACCCGCACCCCGCCGGGCCCGCGCCGGGCCUGGGAGCCGUGGUCGGGGCUGGCCCCUACGGUCACCCGCAGCCCUCGCCCGGCUUGCCCGGCCCCGCCCCGUGCCCCGCUCGGCUCCUGGUGGAUGCAGAUUCGGCCUUGCAGCGCCUCUACGGCGGCUACCAGACGGACUGGGUGUGCGGGGGCCAGUGGAAUGCUAUGGUGGGCUACCUGGCUGCCCUCUCGCAGGCCUGCCUCUACCAAGGCGGGCUGGAGCUGGCUGUCAUCUUCAACGGAGGGCUCGGGAAGGAGAGGCUGCCUGAGUGGGGCAGGAAGGCGCAGGCGGAGAGACAGACAGCCCAGCUCAUCGCUGGGCAUGUGGGCAACAAGGGGACCCCGCCACCCCGGGCCUGGUUCCUUCCCCCGGCCUGCUUGGGGCACUGCGUCCGCUUGGCCAUGAUUCGAUUCCGGGUCAAGGUAAGGCCCACACCACCAUCCCGAACGCAUCCCAUCACAUUCCGUAGAGUUCUGCUUCAGAAACGUUGACCAUCUCUGUUGGUUCUUGCACUCCUUCACACUCAUUGUUUCCUGACUCCCAUUUUAGUGGGCAUUUUUGUUAUAUUUCGUUCAUCUGUUGCCCAUCAUGGUUUUCCAGAUUUCAUUCUAUCUCAGAAAUCCUUGCCACUCAGCACCUGUUGCCUUCCCUGUCGAGCAGCUCCGGCACCUUUCCUUACAGUUAAGGCCCUCUGCCUACUAAUUUUGCAAAGGUGUUGCCCUCACCUUGUCUGCCACUGAUAUUUCUUAUUGCCUACCUUUUAUUUUGCCCUAUGCGUUUUUAAUUCUAAUGCCUAGACUAUUGUUUUCCUGGCAAAGUCAAUAUGUGAGUUGUAGUUCACCUGAGAGCCAAACAUCAAGCAGUGGAGCAUCCUUCUUGGCAUAUAGCCUGGCCUUGCAAUAAAAAAUAAAAAAAUCUGCAGAAGUUUCUAACUCUGGAAAACGUCUACUAUGUUGUCCAUCCAAGUGCAUCUGUUUUCACUGGGCAGGGGUGGAGAACAUGUGGCCUUCUAGAUAUUAAUGGCUUUCAUCUCCCAUUAGCACCAGCCAGUGACAUCUGGAGAGCCACAGUUUUCCUCACCCCUGAUUUAUGACAUAUUGGCAGCCUGAAAUAAUCAGUUUUCUACCUAGUUAUAAAACCUCCACUGCUUGGUCAACUGGAAAUAAUUCUUCCUUACCACAGGCACAGUUUUUACAAAGUUACCACAGGCUGCAAUUCUUCCUUAGCCCAAGUGACUGGCAGCUUAUUAACCAAAUUUGUGCUGUGUCUUUUCACGCUAGCCAUCCAUUAUUCAAUCCCGUUACAUUCUGCCCCUUCUCCUUCUUUAUUCUAUUUUUUAAGUACUUAAAUUUUUGUAAUCUCUCUUUAAUUGAUUCAUUAAUAUUUUUGAAGCCAAGGUUUUUGGCAUUAGAUUUGUGUUUUGCUGAAAGAAUAACAUGACUAAUUCUGGGCAGAUCUUCUCAGUGUAACCAUCUGUGCAAUAAGAAAUAAUAGCAAGAGUGUUUGCGUCACCUAUUUUAGCCAAGCCUGGACAAUUGUAGGAUUGAAAUUAGCAAAGUGUCGCUUAUGGGUUGAGUUUUCUAUGGCUGUAUGAACUCUAUAUUGUUUAGUUUUGCUAGGAAAACUAAAAUUUGCUAGAAAAAUGUGGACUGGACCAACACCUAAAGUUAGUAUCUAGGACACAGUUGGAUGUGCAGUUGCUUCUGUAGGCUUCUGGUAUAAGAGCAAGGUGUGUACUACAAGACGCUUUAUACAAAAAAAUGGCAUUCAACAGGAUUAGAACCCACACCCUCAUGCUCACACAGAAGUUCUCUAGUCUAAAGCAUUAUACUGCUAAUCCAGAUCAAAAUAUAUUUGAAUCAUUUCACCCUGUGAAGGGUGAUUGUUUGCUCCCCAUACCUAACAGUGGGCAAAUGGCAGAAGUACAUUAGAUGAAGUAAUGUAAGGCAAUAUAGGGUAGCCCCCGCCAGCCCCCCCCACACAUAGUAGGUAAUGCAGACAUGCUCAGGAAGAACAAGAAUUGGUGAAUCCCCUUACAGCAUGGUAUGAUGCAGUGCUUCUUGUAGUCUUUGGUUCUGGCAACUGGAAUUCAAAUCUGAAAUUGACCAAGAGAAGUCCCUGAGUUGCCCUGCCUGGACGUUGCACAGCAUUUUGCAUGAUCCUUACAGGGUUAGGGGGCUGGUUGAAAUGACAAUCGAAAAGGUCUCUAGGCAGAUGUGUGCGAGAAAAAACAAGCGGUGGGAAUAGAAUUAAGGAGCAGCAUCAGCAGUGGGGAAAGUGGAUAUGUGAGCUUGUCCCAUGUCAGCUGGUGUCACAUAGUGGCUGUUAGUGUGAGGCCAGGAAGUUCCAUGUUCAAAUCUCACUUCGGCCACAAACUUGCUCAGGCAAGCCACUGUUCUCUCAGCCUCCCAUAUGGUCCCUCCCAUAUGCUGACAAUAUACCUUACAGGGUUGGUGUCACGAUUACUGAUUACUAAUGUCUGCAAAGCGAUUUAAGAAUGUAAAAGAUGGACAUUAGUUCAGGCUUCCUCAAACUCGGCCCUCCAGAUGUUUUUUGAGACUACAAUUCCCAUCAUCCCUGACCACUGGUCCUGCUAGCCAGGGAUCAUGGGAGUUGUAGGCCAAAAACAUCUGGAGGGCCGAGGUUGAGGAAGCCUGCAUUAGUUAGUCCCUUCCUCCCUCUGUCUGUCUGUCUCUCUUCUCUCUCACACACACCUUUCAAAGCUGUGUGUAAAGCAAGUAAAGGCAAGCCCAAAGUUGUAUAUCCAAUCCUUGUGAUUUCUAGGUCCCUGUUACCAGGAUUUUCCAAGUGUUGAUCAACAAGUUCUUCACAUUUGCGGAUAGCCAUUUAAGAAUUCUAGAAUACCUGCAGUAUGCCCACGGUGAACUGGAACUUGGUUAUCUUCUAGGGUCAUUUAAAAAUGCAGUGCAAUUUCUGUCAUUCAUGUGUGAGAUACGCAGUUGGUCACAGCGUUCAGUGUUGAACAAGCUGCCCAUCUGUGUAGAACCUGAUGGGUUUGCUGGCCUUUUUAAAGACACACAUUAAAGACACUUACAAGAAGCACGAGCAAUUCCUUAGCCAUUGUGAAAAUAGGAUGCAGACUAGAUGGGCCUUUGGUAUGAUCCAACAAGACUGUUCUUAUGGCGUGCUUGGAGCAACGUGUCUGGCUGCAGAUGGAGAAGACUGGAUUUCAGCUAAAUUCCCUCAAAUAGCUGCAUGUAACCUCCUGAGGCCAAAGGUAAAUUGGCAAGCAAAGGCUUGGAGAUCAGCUGAAGUUGAAUAAGCUUUGGAAACAGCUGACCUGAAAUAGAUGAGCUUUAAAUACAGCCUCAUUUAAUAAAUGAUCAACCCAUUUUUAAAAAGUGUGUUCUCAGCACCACUUUGAGUGCAUUUGGAAAAGCAGUUUUACAAUAUUGGGCACACACUAUUAAUAAAGCCCUAUUAAUUUCAGAGAGAGAAUUGAAUCUGCCCUUAAAUCAUUCCAUUUGAAAUAAGUGAGACAUAAAACGUACUUUAAAUCUAGAUUGUAUGUUGUUUAGGGGUGGAAAACAGUUGAACCCAACUAGGUUUUGGUAUUAGUCUUGUACAGUUAUCUCUGCAGUGGGCAGGAUCCAAACAAUUCCACAUUAAGUCCCAUAUAUCCAAAGAAGCUUUGAACUUGGGCUUCUCAAAAUGUUAGUUCCCAUACCACAGGGCAGUUCUGAAAACUGAGGGAGAUUUCAAAAGCAGAUUAUAAUAAUCUAGGUUGGUUGGCUGUUCCAUUGUGUCAGGGUGGGGGGCAGAGGAAAGAGGAAUGGAAACCCACUGAGUAUGCCCAAGCCUGGGCUAGUAUAGAAGCAGCUCUUUGGAUGCUGACCUGUGUAUUUCUGUAUAUUGUGGGCUGGAUGGAUUGAAGGGAACCAAAGCCUCAAAUCAGAGCAAAAGUUCUUAAUAGUUUGCUGCUGAGCAUUCCAUUCUAUUCUCCCUGUUCAUUUUUGCUAAGAGGUCUUGGGUUUUGCGCUAAAGAAAUCCCAGUCUCUCGCAGUUCAGAGUCAGUGCUUCAAGUCCAUUACGGUAUGAAGCCUGUGUGUCUAAAUUUUGCUCUAUUGCACGAAACCAUUUUGUUUUCAAUACUGUGUGUCAUGGGAGAGCAGGGAGUGAGGCUCUUGAAAUGGUUGGAAGCAGUAAGUGUGUGGAUAUAAAGGAAGAGAGACAUGUGGAAGGAUGGGGAUUCAUACACAGUGAAGUAUGGCAACUUUCUGCUGGAUUCUAUACUGAGAUACCAUGUCACUAGUAGGCAAUUAGCAUAAAUAGCCCUUCAUGUUUUUAAGGUUCUCUUCCUGUAAAAAAGAGAGGGAGGGAGAGGUCUAGGAAUUUGCUUCUCCCCCCCCCCUUCCUUAAAAGAAAAAACUAGGGGGCUGUGUACUGGAGCAGAGGCCAUUUCUGUGCUGUCUAUCAUGAUUGUGGCUUUAAUCUCUUAAACUAAGAUUUUAGUUACGAGAAAUAACCUUUCAAAUUCUUUUGUUGUUCAUUUUUGGAAUGUCAUUUGGCUUUUGGUGAUCUACCAUGUGAGUGUGUUACCUUAGGAGUGCAGUCUUUUUGAAGUGGGGAUGGGUGGUCCUGAAACAGGGUUAGGAACUCAGGUAUAUCAGCUAAUCACCAAAUGGCACCUUAAACCAAGGUUAGGGUUGCCACAACGCAAUGUCUAUGCAUCUUUUUUUAAAUGAAGUUUGUUAUGAUUAUUUGCUUCGUUUCUAUACUGUUCUAUAUUUUAAAGAAAAAAAUAUAGCAGUUUACAACACAUUAAAACAGCAAAUAAAAGAAUCCAGAAUAAAACAAAUUCAAGCUUCAAGGAAAAUAUUUCAGAUUGUUCUCUAAGGGACAUUUGAUUUCCCCCAUAUUUAUUUACCUUCCUAAUCUAUACAGCUGCCCCAUAGCAGAAAUACUCUAGGAAGCCAGGGUGGUGUAGUGGUUAGAGUGUCAGACCAGGACUCAAAUCUUGAAGCUCACUGGGUGACCAUGGGCCAGUCACAGCCUCUUAACCUACAUUGUAGGGUCAUUGUAGGAAUUAACUGAGGACGGGAGUGAACCAUUGAGAAAAAGGUGGGGUAUAAAUGCAAUAAAUAAGCUCUUCUGCUUACCUGCUUAAGAAAGUUGGAGGGGCAGCCAGAUGGAGAUGUCGGUCGCCAACCUGGCACUCAGAGAUCUCCAUGUGGUCACAAUUGGACUUGCUCCACACCUGGCGCCUGGUGAAGUUCUAACACUGUCCUGAAAUUACAGUGGUGCCCCGCAAGACGAAUGCCUCGCAAGACGAAAAACCCGCUAGACGAAAGGGUUUUCCGUUUUUCGAUGCGCUUCGCAGGACGAAUUUCCCUCUGGGCUUGCUUCGCAAGACGAAAAUGUCUUGCGAGUCUUGAGAUUUUUUUUGCUCCCCCCCCUUUUCUAAGCCGCUAAGCCGCUAAUAGCCUUUUAGCCGCUAAGCCGCUAAGCCGCUAAGCCUUUAAUAGCCGCUAAACCGCUAAUAGCGCUAAUCCGCUAAGCCGCUAAUAGGGUUGCUUCGCAAGACGAAAAAACCGCUAGACGAAGAGACUCGCGGAACGGAUUAAUUUCGUCUUGCGAGGCACCACUGUAUUGUGUCUUAUUGUUGGCUUGUGUGGGGACAGAUUGUGAUGAUGCUAGAUGUUGGUAACCUACAGAUAAAAUGCAUAUCAGUAUGUUGGUACUUGCUAUUUUUCUGGUGAUUGCUAUGGCUCUUGGUGUUUCUCAGGGCAAUGAACCUAUAAGAAGCUCUUGGAUGAAGUAAAACAAUCAGCAGGAAUACCAGCAUUCUGUAUUUACUGGGUGGGUGGGCAUGGAAUCAUUCAAUGCAGGAAACAGGAAAGGACACAAAUAAAAAUAAUAACUGACAGAUGUUUGAGAGGCGGCAGGAGAAACGAGACACACUUGGAUUUCUGAUCCAAUGAAGUUAAAUUUCCAAAAUUGCAGGUGGGAGAAUCAGCCUGAUGUCUAUGUAGUCUAGCAACCAGCCUAGUCUUUGGGAGCACACAGCUGAUGGCUUGCUCCUGGUAUUCAGUAGAUUUUAUGCCUCUGAACAUCAAAGGUAUUUAUCUAUCAUGGAUGUGAGUAUGGAUGGUCAUAUUCUCCAUGAAUAUGACAAAAAAUAGUUUAUACAAGCUAAUUGAGCUAGUGAACCAUCACCGUGUCUUGUAGGAACGAAUUCCAUCAUUUUAUCCAUUAACCCUCCCUAGCAAAUACUUCUGCAUCAUCUUCAGGAGGCCCUUUUCAUGUUUUUCAGGGACAGGAUCUUUAAGCCUUAGGGGUUUGCAAAAUGUUCUUCUGAAAGGGCUAAAGAUUUCAGCUAAAGGACUAACGAUCACUAAGGAAAUGCUAGUGGCCACCAUUUAUAGCAAGAGUAAUGUCUUGCUUCCCAUUAAAUGUCAAAGAAUUUAUUUAUUUUUGGGUUGGGGCAGAGGAACAAAGCCUUAAGAUUACAGUGACAGGACCCAGUCCCUUAAAUGUUCAAUAGUUGGAUAAUAGGGUGGUCAAAAAACCUCCAGGAUCUGCCUUUAUAUUGUUUUUUAAAAUCCUGAUUUGAAAGAUAAACAGCCUAGUUCUUGCUGCUUUGCCAUUAAUCACCUUUGGUUUUUAAGAGUUUCUGUCUUGCUUCCAGUUUGUUUUGCUUGGUUUCUUUCUCACACUAAAAUAGCUUUCCAGCCUCUGUCCCCUCUUGAGAAAUAUGAAGUGAAUCACAGUAAACCAUUAACUGUAUAGGUUACGGGUGCCAACCAUUUUGGGCCUCUGGGCACAUUUGGAGUGAGUGCUGUGGGUGCCAUGCCCUCUGAUAACUUCUCUUCUCCACCCUCACACCACCAGGACUGAGCGAUAGAAGUGCACACACUUCACUUUCCCAAGGGGUCUAGGUAAAAGUCAGAUCUGGGACUGUGAGUCCUGAGAAGCACAUAGAGCUGAAAAGGGAAGUGACAAAGAACAUCGCUCUUCCAGCUUCCCCCUUCAGCCCUGUGUACUUUUCAAGUGAGAAACAGGUAACCAUCUUCACCACCUCAUGACCAAAGGGGGAAGGGAAUAGAAAAACUCAGAAAUUCAUGGAUGCCAUAUGGUACCUGCAAGCAGCAUAGUAGUGAUCUCUGGUGUAUAUAAUGUCUUUUUCUUGAGAAACAAGGAAGGAAGGCUGUUGACCCACUUGAUAUGAGAUAAAACCUGUAGUGUGGGAUAUCUCUUGAAAAACACCUAAAUCUAGUGUACAUGUAAUAUUUUACAACCUCCUAAUCAUGAUUAAGAGAUAGGAACCUCCUUCCUCCCCACUCCCUUUCCCCUUCUAAUUCUCCUCCUUCCUCUUUAGUGUUAUAUUUGCCCUGAAUUUAUCACAGACCACGGUUAACUUUAACCAGAGUUUGCAGAACAGCAUGAAACUGAAACACAUGAUGUCUAGACACCUUGUUCUGAUGACAUUUUUGAUAUUCACAUGCCAUACCUUUCAGCUUCCAAAGGGAAGUGAGCCACUUUCCUGCAUAUAUAAGCAGAUGGAGUCUGUGGAGGAAUUGCCCUGAAGUGAAUUCUGUACUGGGGGGGCUUAACAGAAAGCACGAAAGAGCUUUGCUGCAGUGUGCCUUUUUACUCAGCCUCGUCCCUUCUUUUCUGCAGGUGUUCCAGAGCCUGGAGGAUCAUCACCAGGAAGUGGUAUCCUUCUUCCGGGAGAAUGGUUUCCAUGGGCUCAUUGCCCAUGACUCCGAGUAUGCCCUCUGCAACAUACCCUCCUAUUAUAGCUCCCAUGCCCUCAAACUGAGCUGGAAUGGCAAGAACCUCACCACCAACCAGUUCCUGAUGCAAGAAGUGGCCAAGCAGCUGGGCCUCAAGCUAAGCAGCUUCCCCAUCUUCGCUGCCUUGCUCGGUAUGUUGAAACUGGAUUGGCUGAGUGGUGAAGUGAGUGAAGGUUUCAGAGGAUUGGGUCCAAUUGGGCAAAAAGCUCACUAGGCAGCCAUGAGCAAGAUGCUCUCCCAUGGCCUAACUCACCUCCCACAGUUGUUGUGAAGGCUGUAAAAAGAGUGAAACAUAAAAUCAGCAGGAGUAGGCAGUGGCACAGUUCAGCAGCAUAUAUUUCAGUGCCUUGACUUUAAAAUGAGGGGUAGAAGUACUCAAAAAAGUGUGUUAGUUAAAUGUUUCACACACAGUCUUUUCUCUGCCUAACUAUAGCAUUCCCAGGGUGUCUCUGGGCAAAGCCACGAUCCGGCUUAAUUUUACACAUGAAAUGACUGGUAUCUCUCAGGCUAAUGAGAGACCCAGGAAGGGCUGUCAAAUCACAGGUGCUAAAUUCAUUUUCAAACUCCCAGCUUCCCCCCAACUUCAGUGUUUGGUGCUACUCAAGCAGGGAGUCUCUGAUCUGGGGGAAAGAAAAAGAGAGUUAGGAUGUGUCCAGAUGUUGGCGAAGGGCUGCUGUGUAUUUAUUUAUCUAAUUAUUAUAUUUAUAUCUCACCUUUCCUCCAAGGAGCUCAAGGUGGGACACAUGGUUCUUCACCGCCACCCUUAAUUAUCUUCACCACAACCCUGUGAGGUAGGUUAGGCUAAGAGACUGAUUGGCCCAAGGUCACCAUUCAUGGCUGAGUGGAGUCCUAGUGCAACACGCUAAAUCACUACACUGCACUAGUGUUGGCAGGAACUAGAAAGAAAGUGGAAGGUUGUCUGAACAUGUGAAGCUGCCUUCUGCUAUAUCGGAUCCGUGUAGAGUUAGACCAUUCCGCCUAGUAUUGUCUACUCUGACUGGCAGCAGCUCUCCUGGAUAAGAUAUUUUUAACUGGGAUGGCAUUACCACUUGGGCUACAGCCCCUCGCCAAUGUGUGUCUUCAACAUGAGAAAGAAGAGGAACGUGCAGUGAAGAUGAGAGAAAACUUAAAUUCUGUUCAGGGCAUGAGUGCUUAAUAUUUUCCUCAGGGAAAAGGCUUUGAGUGACGCUGAGAGCAUCUGGAAAGUGGUUCUGUAAGUGAUCCACCAUACCUAUGACCUCAGAAAACUUUACGAGACGCCUUGGUCAAGGCCAUAAGAACAAUUCCUAUGAGUCCAACUGAACACUAUACUGGCUGAAGUCUAGAACGUGGAUGGAAGCCAAAUGUGCUUGCAGUUUCUGGGCCGUUGCUGGCACAAGAAGCUUCCACAGAGAGAAAUUGAAUGUGGACAGAGAAUUCAAGUUGCUCCUCUCAGAAUGAGGUAUUGAUAACUCCAGACACACUCUCCUUAGGAACUUCCGUCACCUUGGUUGGGCUUGGAUUCAAUUUGUGCUUUGUUUCAGCUGGAGGAACAUGUGCAAAUUAAGUAGCUCCAUGCAAACGUAUAUAACUUCUGUACUAGAAUGUGGAUAUGUGUGUGUUGUGUGCAGGAGAGUCUUUAGCAUCACGCUAUACUUAAUGUAUGGGACGCGGGUGGCACUGUGGUUUAAACCACAGUGCCGCUUGGACUUGCCGAUUGGAAGGUUGGCGGUUUGAGGCCCCGCGACGGGGUGAGCUCCUGUUGUUCGGUCCCAGCUCCUGCCAACCUAGCAGUUCGAAAGCAUGCAGUGCAAGUAGAUAAAUAGGUACCACUCCGGUGGGAAGGUAAAUGGCGUUUCCGUGCAACCCCGGAGUCGUUCGCGACUAGACUUAAAUGUCAGGGGUCCCUUUACUUUUACCUUUAUACUUAAUGUGCUUAAACCUUAACACUAGCAGGUUCAGUCCAAUGAGACCUGUUUCUGCAUACCUGUGUUUUACCUAUUGGAAAGGCAGAGAAAUAAAUUGGAUGGGGGGGCAGAGGGUUUGAAUCCUCUUGUUUGUUGGCAGCUUUCAGUUAUUAUCCCCUUUUUGCUCCCAGGGAACCACAUCCUUCCAGAUGAAGAUUUGGCUGCCUUCCAUUGGAGCCUUCUUGGACCAGACCACCCACUAGCUUCACUCAAGGUAGUGCCAGCAUCCCCUUGGCCUGUCUUGAGGGCAGCAAGGCAGGAAACCCUUUGGGGAAUGAACUGGUGCAGUGGUGUCUUAAGGAGAAAAGACUGUGAGGUGGAUUGGAACUAGCACUCCAAAAUCUUUUGUCCACAACUCUUGGGAGACAUGAUUGUUUCUGAAGAGCGGCAGGAGAGGCAGUGCUUUCAAAACCAGUUCUGGGAAAGCGUGGCUCUGAUGUUUAGAGUGGUGGUGCUGAGGAUAGCUCUACUUGAACUCCGUACGACAUUUGUCCUUCAGACAAGUGGGAGAAAUGCAGUUUGGACCAAGGCUAAUAAAAACUAAGAUUUCUGUCCCUAGCUCUGGAAGAGGAGUGGAGCAUGGGAGGGCUGGUAGUUCUCUAGAUGUUGGACUCCAACUCCCAUCAGCCCCAGCAUGGCCAAUGGUCAGACAUGAUGGAAUUUGUAGUUCAGCAACUUCUGUAUAGAGAUAUAAUGGGGUUAGGCUAGGUCUAGAAAAAAAGAGUCACAGCAUGACUCUUGGAGGGUUAGGGUGCAUUUUUCCAGCAUCAUUUUUUUGUUUUUGUUUGUUUAGUUUUUUGUUUUUAAACUACUGCCACAGCUUCAUAUAGCUGGAGGACUUUUGAUGGAUAUAGCCACACAACAAGAGGAGGAAAUUCAUGAUGAACCUCUGGCAUGGGUUACUCUCCUGUUCUCUGCCAAUGUCAAGCUCCAUGCUGGCUGCUGUAAAGGAGCUAAGAUCAGUACAUGCUUUAUUCCCUAGGCAGUCGUAUUUGCCAGGGGUAUGCCAGUGUUUGAUUUGUGUUGUAAGUAUCUUUAUUUGUGUGAAAAGGUAUGUCUCCUUGCACCACAAGGGUUCUCAAGGGGGCUUAGGAAACAGUUAUAAUAAUGCCAUAUAAAACCUACAUUGGAAUUAGAACAUUUUAAAUCAAUACAACAGCCAAGAUAAAACAAAGUACAUUAGUGAUGCUUGCCCAAAGGACUAGCUAAACAGAAAGGUCUUGGGAAGUGAAAGGGGAUAAGGAGGGUACCAUUCCUGAGAAGGCCAUGCCUCUUAAGGUGAUGGGAGCACACCCAGAGAAGGGUCUCCCCUGAUGGUUUGAGAAAAUGAGUACCUCCCAAGUAACUUGGCAAACACAAAAACGUAUGAAGAGGAGAUAAUAUGACUUCAGACAUGCAGUGGGUAUAUGGCAGGGAGCUGUAGCCGAUUUGCAGCUUCCCUGGUAUAUGCUCACUUCAUAUCCCUUCAUGUUUAGAGAUUCCAGCAAUCUUCCUUCAUACUCCUUUUCUGUAGCAAAUGCCAAACGAUAUGUUGUAUCCCCAACAAACAUGAUUGUUAUGUGAAUCUGCCCUUAAACUCUGGUGUCAAAGUCAGUGAUGCGCAGAGGAUCCUGCUUUGGGAUAAGGCAGUUGAACCAGGUGAGCUUCUGUCACUAGCAAGAGCUGCAUAAUAGGGUGGAGCCAUUUCAGGAUCUCGUAACACCAUGCUUCUGCACUAGGGAUCAGCAGCUGGGAGGCCCCAGGGCCAAAUUUGGUCCCUGAAAGGUACAAGCCAUGUAUCUUCCUAUGGUACCCUAUUGCAAGUCCAGAGAAGAAAGAGACAUGUAGAAAGAGUCUGCGGCAGUAGGACUUCCUGUUCAUCCACCUGCUGGGUGUGGGGACUGUCCCCAAAAUAGCCCUCUGGUAGAACUUGUUGCUUACCAGGCCUGUAGAGCACAGAGAUGUUGUCUUGCUGUUUGCCUUUGCCAGGGAUUUUAAGUGCUUUGUGUGCUGGUUCUAGGUGCGCGCCCAUCAGCUGGUCCUGCCACCCUGUGAUGUAGUCAUCAAGGCUGUGUCCGAGUAUGUCAGCGCCAUCAAAAAUCCCUCCAACUUGGAUGUGAUAGGGAGAGAUGUCUUCAAGCACUCGCAGGUGAGACAGAGCCUGUGGUGUAGGGCUAAAUUUCCACCUAUCAUCGCGGCUGCUGUGAAAGUUGCAGGCAGUGGAGAGGUUUGGGAUAAAGGGAUCCACAGAAGGAAAAGAGGCUUAUUUAUGGGGACUGCUAAAAUGAGGGUUAGAUCCUGGGUUGCCAUUUCAGCGCCUCCACAGUCCACAGCAGCUGGUUGGUUCAUAGUGGCCUGUGUCUCCAACCCCGUAACAGUAGAAGAUCGCAUAACAUUAAAGCCCUCUGUGCUGGUCGGCUUGAGCAGGUGGUAGGAUUUUCACACCGAAUGCCAUUGUGACUUGCAAUUGGCCGCACUCCUGUCCCCGCCCCUGUCACUUUCUUUUCCUCUGGUUCCUCCCCAGUCCAGGACCGAAGAUAAAAUUGAGCGUUUCAAGAAGGCUGUAGAAUACUAUUCCGUGGCCACGAAGGCACCGCCUACCCCAGUGGGCCAGUCCCCGUAUGUUCGUGAGUAUCCAGGCGGCGCUGGUCAACCUCACCUCCCUCUCAGCCGUGUUUUCUCCCGCUGUCCAAGAAGGUGAGGCCCUGCCUGAUACCCUAUGGCGCCCUCCGCUGGGAGAGAUCAAGUCUGCACUUUUCUCUAGAGUUGCCACCUCCUGGUCCAAAGGGCUUGGGUGCCUUUCAUUAGCCACGUGGCUGGAAGAAGUUUGGAGUGGCUUUCCCAGUGGCCAUGCAUUACAGGGAGCCAGAAACUCCACCUUUUGAACUUCUCUGUGUCACGGUCUGCUAAAGGCACUGGAGCACCUUUCCAGGCCAGGUGCUGGUAAUCUCAUUGAGCCAUUCACACAUUCUGCCCUCCUACAAAACUACUAUUAACAGCCGUUCCUCAUUGUCCACAGUUGUGUGUUAAAGUUACAUAGCAAGAGUGCAUUCUCAGGAUCUCUUAACGAGGCAUAGCUAAUCUGGGUUAAGUGCCUCUGAAUAUGCAUACUUGUUUAAGGAUAUAGGUGCCUUGAUGGACUUUAAAUUCCCCUAGUCCAGCAUCUUUUGCAAGAAUCUCAAUAAUCAGAGGAAAUAUGGAAUCUGUUGAAAAUUGAACAAUGGUUUGCCAGUGAACUGCAGUCUACUAUUUACCUUUUGCUGGACAAGAGAACUGGUAUAUCAAUCAGCACCCCCUCCUUUCUUUUUUUGGUCUGGAGUGACUUUUCAGACAAAAUUCCUCCAGGAUUUCUGGACCAAAGUAUGUGUCCUCAUUCUGCAUUGAACACCACCCUCUUCUCAGGAGAUUUACGCAAAUCUUUGAGAGCUACUUUCCUAAACCAUGCUGCCAUGUGCAGGGGUUCCAGCAUGGCAGAGUACCAUAAGGUUGGCCAAAGGUACAAAGGCAGAGUCACCAGCUUGGGAAAGACAUAAAUGACUUUCCUUCAUAAACAAAAAUAUGACUCCCCCUGCUCACACCUGCUUUUUGAAAUGUUCAUCAACCACAUCCUAGUUUAACCAACUUGUACAUUGGCAGGUAUCCACACUCGGUCUUUUUAAUGGUCCUGGCAAGGGUGUGCUGGGAAAAUGGAGAUUCCUGUAUUUUAACAAGGUGACAAUUCUGUGUUUCAGUUCCAGCUUUUGGGCCCAACCACUUUGGAGGGGCAGCACCUAUGAACCGCAAUCCAAUGGUACCGCUCCCUUCUGGGAAGGCUGUGGUAAGUCCCCAGACUUGUUUUAGGCAGAUGUUCAACUUUUCUUGAUAAUUUUGUUCAUUACUGUGUUCAAGAUAGACAGGUCAGUGGCUGUGCCUCCUUAUCGCUCAUUGGGUUAUUGAGGGGAGACUGUUGCUUGUUGGAAGCCAAGCCUAUAACAAGCUUAUUUUGUAUUUCAGCGGAGAGUGAGGCAGUUGAAUUCUGGAUUGAAUUCUGGAUUGUGCUACUUCAGGCAGCAAGGGGUGUGUCAUUUUUAAAAAUGCUCUCUUAUGCAAAAAGCCACAUACGUAUAACAGACCAGCACAUAAAAAAGAGGCUUGUGAUAAACAUAUUCCUCUAGUUCACAGCAUUCAAAAACAUGACACCCUCUCCCUCCUGCACUCAGACUGAAGUAGUACAGUCUGGAAUUUUACCACAGUCUGUCUCAUUCUUCAUAAAGUAUAAAUCUGCUGACCAAGGCCAAAUUCUGUGUUUGCAAAGGGUAGGUCUGCACCUGCAAUUCAUUCAUAUGCAGGUGCUCUUGCGAGCAUUUGGUCCCGUUUCAAGGAGAGCUAUAAAACUGUACCAUGAGAAUGAUCCCCUCUUGUUACCACUGCCUCCUUUUAAAUCUGUUGCAUUGCAUCUUCUGCCAAGCCAGGGCUGUGCACAUUCCAUGAGUCUGUGAUACCAUAUGGAGUGUGGCAUCUGACGCAUGUUAUCAUCAUAGGCAUCUCAGCCUUUAAAAAAAUAAAACUCUUGUUUCUAACUCUUAUAGUUGCUUGAGCUAAAGAUGUAGACAGUACAUGAUCCAUCUAUUUCUGACUGCCAGCCACUGUCCAGGGUUUCAUGCAGAGGUCUCUCUCAUCACUUGUUCUUUGAGCCCAUUUUGUACUGCAGAUCCUGGGGAUCAGAGACUGCCUGCAAAGCAUGUUCUCUGCUGCUAAGCUGUGGCCCUUCUCCAGCUUCGCUCAGGUAGCCCCAAUGACAAUCUGUCAACCCUUUUUCCCCCUUUGCUUCCAUCUCCAGUUUGCACCUCAGAUGGGGCCAAAGAUGCAGUACCAUCCGCCUUCCACUCAUGGCGGUGUUGCCGCCUCCUCGUCUUUCCUUCCCGGCCCUGGCUCCAGUUUUCUCUUCUCUCCACAUGGCCUGGUGGAUGCAGCCCCUUUCCACGAGGACCCUGCUCUGAAGGGCGGACAUUUCAACAACUGGCCUGUUUCAUAUGACAACUGCCCCGCCAAGUUCCCCAACCACCACCUGAGUUCCAAGCCCUCCCCAUCGUCUGGGCCUGGGUCUUCGCCCUCCUCCUCCUCCGAUGGAGAAGAGCACAACGGAACCAGUUCCAAGUGAGUGGGGACCUAGCAGCAUUCUGAGAUCUGCAGGACAGACGGGGGUGGCAGCUAUGGAUGUAUGGAAGAAGGUGGAUUGGAGGGGCCCAUGACUGCUGUUCAUGUGUCUGGGAAAGUGCACAGCAUUGAGCAGGGCUGGUGGAACCAGGAGGAUUCCUCAGUUUUGAUCUCAUGGUGUGGUGGGGUGGGGGAAGAAGCUGGAUAGAAGGGCCAAGUCCUGGCUUUGCUGCUUGCUACGGGGUGUGAGACUGCUAGCGUAUCCCUUUCCUCUCACUGCUGCAGUCACGUCUCUGAAUCCGGACCUCGCAAGUCUGGCUGGGAGGAUCCUGGGGCUGAGAAGAGGAUGACUCAGGGCUGGGGGCAGCCACCUGGGGGCACUGGCAACUCGGAGAGGAGCCUGAGUGGGCCUGAGGCUCACAUUCCUUCGCUGCUCUCCAUGGCGACUCGCAACCACAUGGACAUCACCACCCCGCCCCUGCCCACUGUUGCCCCCGAGGUGCUUCGGGUGGCUGAGCACCGGCACCGGCGAGGGCUUAUGUACCCAUUCAUCUACCAUGUCCUAACGAAGGUGAGCUGGGGGUUGGCAGUGGACCUUUUAAGUUAUUUUAACUGGCUCUCUGUGGGGUGGCUUGGAGGGCAGCACAGGGGCUGAGAGCCAGCAGUCCUGGACCCUCAGUUUCCAACCCUCCAUUCCAGGGUGAAAUCAAGAUCCCAGUGUGCAUUGAAGACGAGUGCAACACCGAGCUGCCGCCAGCAGCUGUCCUUUUCCGGGCUGCGCGGCAGCAUGUCUAUGGCGUCCUCUUCAGUGUGGCUGAGACCCAGAGGCGGAUGGAACGGCUGGCUGUGCGCAAGCGUAUCCCUGUGAAAAGUAGGUGAUCCCUUCUUCAGCCUGCGGUUGCUUUACUGUUCCAGUGCUGUGUUCGUAAAAGUGGAAGGUGGGCCUCCCAGAGGUAUCCUGGGCACUUUUUGGAAUAUGGAGAUUCAUUGGCAGCAAGGGCCUUUUUUUUAUUGCCCAUUGUGUUGAACUGCGGUACAGGUUGGCCUUGACUUGCGGUACAUGUCUGCUGAAUAGGUUCAGUCGUCAAUUGAUAGGCAGCAUCCUGGUUUCGUGUAUCUGUCCUCCAGGUGGGCUGGGUCCAAGUGGUGUUUCUCCUGAUCAUGUAAGCUUGGGGAAGUGCCUUCUAUGUCUCCUUACAGGAACAGUGUGCAAGUGUUUUAUCCUCGCAGUCAAAUGGGCCCUGUUCUUUCCUCCAUAGCUCCUCCUGUUAUCGUCAAGGAAUGGUCGGCGUACAAGGGGAAAUCCCCACAGACUCCAGAAUUGGUAUCGGCCCUUGCUUUUCGAGAGUGGACAUGUCCCAACCUCAAGAAGCUGUGGCUGGGCAAAGCAGUGGAGGACAAGAACCGACGCAUGAGAGCCUUCUUGGCCUGUAUGAAAUCAGACACCCCCGGCAUGCUCAAUCCCGCCAAUGUCCCCACACAUCUGCUGCUUAUGUGCUGUGUGCUACGGUGAGUGGGGCAGGUCUGGCCAUGAUGGGUGGGAAUACUCAGGAGGGAGGGCUCCUGAGACAGGAUGGGUGGAAUGGCACAGCAGGAUUUGGAAGAACUGUGGCUCUGUGUACGGGCGAGUGGAGUGCCAGUUACAUCAUCUCCUGAAUUGAGGCUCAAAACUUAUUCUAGUAACUGAAAGAACAUUCUAUUUACCAAUUUUGAGUUUCCAAGAAAAUACAAGGUAUAGAUGCCUAUCUAUCUAGCUAUUAAUGUUGAGUUCCUGUUAAAUUCUUGUAACCUCCUGCUGCAUUGAAGUUAAAUAGAAAAAGAAGCUGGGAAGUGUCCCUUUGGUUUCCUUUCCUCCCCAGUACGUGGUGGAGUAACUCUUUUGAUUUAUAUAUUCUGUCGUAUUUUCCUUUUUUUAAAGAUACAUGAUACAAUGGCCUGGGGGUCGGAUCCUGCAUAGACACGAGUUGGAUGCCUUCCUGGCCCAGGCUGUGUCUGCUCAGCUAUAUGAGCCAGAUCAGCUUCAAGAACUGAAGGUAAGGUUGAGCUUGGAUUUGAUCUGUGCAAUCUUUAUACCCUUAGGGCAGGAGUGGGGAAUCUAGGAUAAGGUUACCAGAUAUCCCUGUUUCCCGGGGACAGUCCCCGGAUUUACAAUUCAGUCCCCAUACAAAACCCAUUGAAGUUGAAAAGUGUCCCUGGAUUCAUUGAAUAAAAUAUGGUAACCUUAAUCUAGGAACCAUCUCAGAUGUUGCUGGACUACAGUUCCCACAAUCCCUGACUAUUGGCUGUGGCUACUGGCACUGAUGAGAGGUGGAGUCCAACUGCAUUUGGAGGGCAUUGAUUCCCCAUCUCUGUUGCAGGGAAUCGGGAAGGCAGCUCAGUGGAUUAGAGCUCGUGGGCUAAGGAAGGGGAAACUUUCUUGUCCAUGAGAGGCAAAACCUUCCUGCAAAUCAUGCAUUUUUUGAGAUGCACUCCCCUUGUCCAUGCUUCCUUGCUGCCUUUCACUCACUCACCCAUCCCACCCCAUCCCAUCUCCUCUCAUACUGCUGUUGUUCCUGCUAACCCAAAACUUCUAAUUUUGCAAAACCUGAAAUUUCAGACUCCUGUCUUGUCUCUGAUGGCAGAUGAUACAAUGGGUGGAAUUCAGUAUUGUGCUAGGACAAAACAUUCUGUCUGCGCAAGUAUUGCAGCCCUUCUCCCUCCCUCUUUCCUCCCUGCAAGGUGUUUUGGAUGUUCUCUUGACACCCCCCUCCCAAGUUAGUUUUGGGACUCAUGCGGGGGAUGGGGGGUGGAAAGCCCCAUUGUGCAAGUGGAAGUCCUUGCACAGGGCUUCUGCUGACAAGGCUUGUUAGGCUGGAAUUCACCUAUGUUUGGGCUGUUCUGCUUCAGACUGCGGGUGAGAGAUCAUAUAUUCCUUGUACAUAGAAAAUGAGCAUGCAGGCUUGUUGGUGGUGGUUGAGGGAGGGUUCUAGCAUAAUAUCUUGGCUUUCUUACUGGUAUUCUAGUUUUCUGUGUACAGGGAACCUUUUCUGUGCAUGAACAUUCCAUCAUGAGAGCCCCGGUUACAGAGGGGCCAUCCACAAAUGGGUUUACUACCACUUCCUGUUGCUUAUGACAACAAGACCUAAAACUUGUGAUGUACAUAAAGUCAUCCUGCAUGUAUGACAUUGGAUUGCAUAGACCUUUAAGCAGAGGAAUUUGAUAUAGAGCAGUAGUGAAAGAAAUCUGUGGCAUAGUGUUUAGAGGUGUAACAGGAGGGCCACUGUGAUCUUUAAAAGUUGUCUGAAGCAGGGAUUUCUGGUUGGAACUAUGGCGAACUGAGAUAACGUCUGCUACACCAGCAGAGAUGAGAGGUGGUCAGGGGAUAAAUCUGGCUACCUAACUCCCCUUGGGACUAAGGGAUGUUGAAGAGCACAGCCUCAGAUAUUCUGAAGAAGACAUUCAUUGUCGUACUGAGGGAAAGAUAAAUCUCUGUGGAGGUGAAAUGUGUCUACAGCCAGGUGAAUAUAUUGGUUUGAGCACUGCAUAAUCGCUCUUAAACUAGAGCUUAAAGUUUGCACCCUCCUUAUCUUAAUUAUUAUUAGUAGGACUGGAAAGAAAGGAAUAUAAAUUGGAUUCUGUAUUUGUCAAUUAAUAACACACAGAGGGAAAAGACUGCAGACAGUUAAAAGCAAUAACAGAUAACAGGCAGAAAGCCUUUUCAAGAAGAUCUAAAUAAUUUACUGCCUGGAAAUAUUGGAGCUCAAAAUUGCUUAUAAUUUAUUUUUUACGUCUUUUGUAAACCCUUGUUUCCGUGUGCUGAGUUGAUGGAAAAUGAAAGUAGGAAUUGCUGUCUGCGUCACACAACACAGAGAAGCGAAGACAGCGUAAUAUAUCAUGCUGACACUAAAGACAUCACUGAUCCUUAAACUCGUGCAAAGGCACAGCUAAUAGACUUAAACAGAUUACAGGAGAUGGUUAAGGAGAUUGGGAUACAGAUAAGACGAAUGGGAGGUGCAGGAUCUGCAGUCGGCGAACAGAGGGACCAUUUUUGUCUAAAUGUGAAAAAAAUACCAGAUGGAGCUGAGGAGACAGAUUUAUGGCUGCCAGAAAGGUGGGAGCUGAUGACGAAAUCUGCUGUAAAGUUGGAAAUUUACUGACCACAAAAACAGCUGAUGACAGUUCAGAGCAUAGUUUUUUAUACUGAAUGCGCUUUCAAAGCUGUGUCUGAUGAGAUGUGGAAUAACAAAUACGCAAACAGAAAAGGAGAUGGGGGAAAAGAAAAGAAUGAAAAAUGAUUUAAUGAAGAUUUAACAGGCAAACAAAGAUGAAUUACUACAUUACUGAGAAAGGUUGGAACCCCUGAGGAGAAACUCACCACGAGGAACUGGGGGAAAAUAUACAUAUUGGACACUUGAAGAUAACAAUGCGUAAAUGAAGAGCUACAUUAUACUUCCUGAGUGAGAAAAGAUGUCUGGGAAGAAAAUUUGAGAUCUAGCAGAAUGGGGAAAACUGGAUAUUUCUGGAGUGUAAAUGCUACAUAUUUUGAGUAAUCGAAAAUACAAAUAAUUGGCAGAUAGAGAAGCGGAAGCCCCCCCUUUACUCUGUUUUCUUUAUGAUUGCUUAUUUUUUAUAGUUUAUUUUUCUUUUGAUUUCUUAAAUGAAGAUACAUACAGAGAGGUGAUAGGAGAGGGUCUUUUCCAGGGUGUGAGACUGAGGAAGAGGUAAGCUCUCCCAGGUGACAGCUGAGAAGACUCUUCCUUAUAUGGGGAUUGAAGUUUAUGAGCGAGGGCUAUAUACAUAUAAUUUGGUGUUUUAUUAUCAUUACUAUUAUUGGUGUUAAUGUUUCCUAUCUGUUCUUUUUCUCUCUCUUUUCUUCUUCUUCCCUCCCUCCUCUAUUUCUUGUCUUUUUGAUUCUAUUCGCUUUAGAUACUAUUUUAUUGUAUCGUGAAAACUUUAAUAAAAAUCUUUGGAGAAAUAAAAGUUGCCUGAAGCAGUAGAACCAGCCCUCCUUUUGUUAAGGAAAGAGGUGCUGGGGCUCACGUCUCCUUGAGAGCCAGAAACCAUGCCCUCUGGAAGAGCUCUGCUUCUUUUUCCCCCUUUAAAUAUAAUUUUUAUUAACAGGCCAAUCAAAUCACAUUAUUUCCAAAUCACAUUAGUUCCAAAUUAUACAGCCAGAUUUUUAAAUUUUGUUGGGGGUGCCCAUACUCCAAGCUCCGGAAGGGGGUCCAAACAUCACUUAUAUUGCUGCUUUAAUUAGACAGUUCUAUCCAGUUCUGUCCAGAUAGUCUCUUUAUUACUUUCUUCAUCUUCUUGUUGUUAUCAUAUAUUCCUUUCUUUGCGAUCUCUGAUAAUCUUCACAAGCGGGUUGGAAACAAACAUCCUCUGUGUGGGUUUAACACUCUCCAAAAAUCAUAUCUCAUAGGGACAGACACCAUUCCACACCUCCGUAAAGAAUUUAUCCUCGGUCUGUCCAUUAAUUUUCCUAGGCUUGCCAAGUAUAUCCGAGGGCUCUGCCAGGUUUAGAUCACAUUCCAUUCAUCAUUCGCAUUCCGAUGAUCCUGGUCCUCCUCCCCCCGUCUUUCUUAGACAAGCCUGUCUUAGCAAGAUGCCAUUUAAAACUGCGUCAUAAAAUUUUCCUCCGUUCUCCGAUAUUUACCAGUCCUCUCUUCAAUCAAUAAUUCACUCCACACAGCUCUUGAGUUCCUGCUUGUGAUUAAUAAAAUGCAACGAUUCGUCUUUCUGGGGUGGAGGGUUAUUAAUACUCACAUAAGGCAAAGAAAAGAAAAGUUUUUUCCUCCACCCCCCUUCCUUUUCAUUCCAAACAUACCAGUCUCUUAAUGGUGGUUCAUCACUUCAUUUAUUUGUCCCUCCCGUCGCUCCGGUCACAGAGAUGCAUUAAUCAGCAGUCUUAACUCCCGAACUUCACUUGAUGUAUGUGCUUCAGCUUCUUUCCAAUUAUAUUUUCGAGCUGAAGCAAACCAGAGCGCGAUUGGAGAAAGCGUCCGGAAGAGCCGACUUCACCGAGGGCUUGUGCCAAGUGACCGGGCACCCCCAUCUUUCGAUUCCGGGGGUGCAUUAUGGACACCGCUGGCAAGGCAGUCCCCCCCAUCUCCUUGGGAGGUCGGGAAGGCUGCAUACUACCCAUAGCAGCCUCUUAAUUACCUCGUGUGGGUCGGAGAGAUGUUAUUGUCGGCCAUCUUCCAAUGUGCCACCUGGUGCCCCCCCCCGAGAGCCCUGCUUCUUAAUAUAUUAAAUAUGGAGGGAGGGGACAGGUUGCAGGUACUCCCUGGGAACGAAGGACACGUCAUACAUACCUGGAGGUAUUUGCAUCUAUUAUUUUUUUGUUCCAUUAAAAACGGGGCAUGGUCCAGCAAGGGAUAGGUAGAAAAGCUAAGAGAAGAGAGGGUGGGAGUACGAUACCCACAUGAGCCGUGACUCCAGAGCGCAUUGCCCAGUGUAGAGCUACUAAAAGUUUGGCUCACAGAGAACAUCUGGCAGAGAGAGGUCUGCCCUGAUGAGAGAUGGGAAGAUUUGGUGGAACAGGCCUGAGCCCUAACAAAUUUUGGUAUGGGGUAUUUGCGUCUGGUUCCUGCUUCUGGCCCAUUAUGUAGUAGAUUAAUCUCUCCAGGGCUGGUGAGAGCAGGGACCUCAAAAAGACACUUUUAACCAUGGGUAGGCAAACUAAGGCCCGGGGGCCGGAUCCGGCCCAAUCACCUUCUAAAUCCGGCCCGCGGAUGGUCUGGGAAUCAGCCUGUUUUUACGUGAGUAGAAUGUGUGCUUUUAUUUUAAAUGCAUCUCUGGGUUAUUUGUGGGGUAUAGGAAUAUGUUCAUUUUUUUCCUUCAAAAUAUAGUCCGGCCCCCCACAAGGUCUGAGGGACAGUGGACCGGCUCCCUGCUGAAAAAGUUUGCUGACCUCUGCUUUUGACGGAUAUGCUCUCCUCUUUUUAACCCUGUGGUAUUCAUACGAGUAGGUCUGACUUGGUUGACUUUGGAGGUCAAAAAUGAAAGCCCUGUGCUGUGUCUCAGGCUUCCAUCUGAUACUUAUCAUCGUCACCAUCAUUAUCAUUUUCCUGUGCUAAGCCUCAUUGUUGCUCUCUCCUGCAUUACAAAUACAGGCUUGUGGGUAACUCACUCAGUUACUAAGGUCUCCGUGACAAAGUGGGGGACUGUUACUAAACUGAGCUCCUUGAUGGCUGAAGGUAUGUUGCUUCCAUUGCAGAUUGAGAAGCUGGAUCCCCGGGGAGUUCAGCUGGCUGCCCUAUUUAUGAGUGGAGUGGACACAGCCCUUUUUGCCAAUGAUGCAUGUGGGCAGCCCGUCCCUUGGGAACAUUGCUGCCCAUGGAUCUACUUUGACGGGAAGCUUUUCCAGAGCAAGCUAAUCAAAGCCACAUGGGAAAAGGCACCCCUGAUAGACCUGUGCGAUGGACAGGUAAGGGUUAGCACUCCUAGAAGGAAGUGGCUGCUGAGCAGGAAGUGGCUGCUGAUCCUGCUGCUGACUUCCUGAGUUGCUGCUUAGUCCUUGAUUCAGUGCCACAUCUAGUUGUUCCUGUGCGAUCUACACAUGCUCACCUCGUAGUUGUAGGUGAAACUAAGAGUGUUGUCAAAAGUUCUCUGGCUGCUGCUGUCUAAUGCCUUUAGUUAUUCUCCCCCCCCCCCCAACCGCAGCACCCACCCACCAGCAGUAUUCAACAGCUGAAUGUGCUUUUUUGUGUAUUGUUAAGCUGCAGGCACAAAGCUAAUGAGAAACUGCCACUCUGCCUGGCCUGCUGCCAUGACCAAGCCUCUGAGCAAACUGGUAUCUGGCUUCAAUCUAUUAUCUGCAGAACAUACUUAAUUACUUCAUACUGAAUAGAAUACACCACAAGGCUCUCAAUCUUGUUAGGCAUUUUCACAUCCUACUGAUUACAGUGGGGGAGUCAAAGUGCUUAACUUCGACCGGAUCACAUUCUCCAUUGUCUGUUCAAAUAAUUGUCGAUGCAUCACAUAAUAUGUGCCCUUGGACCCUUCUUCCCCAUAUGAUACCCAGGGCAAACUGCCCUAACUGGCCCACCCUAGUUACACUCCAUGACCUUGAUAUUGUUUUACUGGAGGGAUACAGCGGUGGGAAGUGCCUGGCACUUUUAUAAUACCAUCAAACUCUGGUCCAGUUAUUUUUUUGUCUCCCUCCUACUCCUCCUUGAUCCACAGAAUGAACAGGUGUCCAAGGUAGAGAAGAUGAGGCAGAGCAUCCUGGAAGGCAUCAACUUCAACCGCCAGGCUCCGCCUCCCCUGCUCCCACCUCCACCCUUUGUAUCUUCCAUGGCCCCAUCCUUUUACCCUAUGCCUCUCUAUCCUCGCGCCAUUGGUUCUGUUCAGCCUUCAGCCCCUGGGAGGACUAGAGGCUUCACAGGUAAGUUGCUGUGCUUCCAGUUGCCUCUGUUACGUGUUUGCUUCAUAUGAUAUAUAGCCUGCUUCUCUCUAGCAAAUAGUGAGCCAGCCACUGGGAGUUACAUCAUAUCCUAUUUGCCCUGGCAGGAAGCUCUUGAUCUAAUUUGCACAAACUUCCUCCUGCAGGCUCCCCCCUCCCACUUAUUAAUGUUUAGGGUAGGGGUGGGUUUCUUUUCUUUUUAGGCAAGCUGUUCCCCACCUGCAGUCUAAAGUAGUACAGCCCCAGAAACAGUUUUGCUUCCUCGCCUGCCCUCUGUCUGUGCAGUGAUCUCUGUUGAGUUUGCAGUAGGGCCAUUUCUUUCCAACUCUCAUGCUUUGACCUUGAGCUGUGGGUGCAGGUGAUCAAAUUAGGGUGCAAACCAGCCUACUCUGCUUAGUUGCUUACUGAUUCUUCCCUUUUCCUAGGUCUUCACCCAAUCCCGCCACAAGGAGGCAAAUUGGAGAUUGCUGGCAUGGUGGUGGGCCAGUGGGCUGGAAGCAAGCCGUCCCGUGGGCAGGGUUCCUUCGGCAUGCAAGUGGUAUCCGUUGGAGGCCCAGGGAAAGGGUAGGUGCCACUAGACGAGUCGCCUUGGCUUCGUAUAGCCUUGGUUGUCAGGAAAGGGUGUUGUUUCCCUUUGUCCCCUGCAGUUUCUUGAGAUUUGGGGUUCCUAGUGAGGAGUGGGGAGCCUGGCCCCUGGAUUCUGCACCUUUCUGUGGAAAGGGAAGACGAGUCUCAACAGUUUGGGAAAAGAACGAGAAGACCAGUAAAUCGGGAUUGAGUGGGGAGAAUCCAGAGCAAGUUGAAAGAUCUUAAAAUCAAUUAAAGAUUAAAGCUGAAUGAAACUGCCUUUUAAACGAAUUAAUUGUUUCAUCAAUUAGAUUUUAACAGAUACCUUUUGCUAUAAAAGGCUAUAUAACCAAUUUGAGAUUUAGGAUACUAAGCUAACCAAUUUAAUAACUUACUACUUUGGAUGGAGAACAUUAUAAAAUGACUCAUUUCCAUUCAUAAAAACCUUUCUUUCCUGUUGCAGCCGUGGUCGUGAUAACUCUGGAAAAACUCCCAAAGGAAACAAGAAAGUGAGCAAGCAAGUAUGUGUCCCUGCCUCCCCUGUUGUUCCCUGUGCAGUGUCCAAAUCCUUUUUUAUGUCACUGGUGGAUCCUCCUUUCCCUGCUCUUCUAAAAGUAUCUGCCGACUUGCUGCAAUGGCCCACACUCUGGGUUCUCUUCAUGUCAGCCGCUAUGAGGCACAUUUUGGAAGAAAUAAAAAUGGAUGCUGCAGAAUAGGGCUUUUGGAGGUCUAUCCCCCCCUUUGGCCUGCUUAUUUUCAGCUCCUUUUCCUUCUAGGGGUGGCUGAGUUUUCCAUCCAUAAAAUGAGGGUGAUGUUUUAGCUCAUCGCCAGCAAAAGAAGGCUUUCAGUAUAAAGCAGGUUGCAUUUCACCUGUCUAUUGAAUGGUUCCUAGGUGGAAAAGAGCUACCUGGGUAUGAGAAAUAAGAGAACUGUUUCUCUCCUUGGACUUCACGUCUUGCACCUUUUGGGGGGGGUGACAUUAAUUUAUUAUGUUUGAUUCUGCUACGGAAUUUCCCCCCUAUGUUUAGUUCAAGGUAUUCUGUUCCACUUUUGUUUUCUUUUAUUUGGCACCUGUUAUUAUAUUUCAUAUUAUAUUUGUUAUGUUACUAUAUUUCAUAUUAUAUUUCAAGUAGAUAAAUAGGUACCGCUCCGGCGGGAAGGUAAACGGCGUUUCCGUGCACUGCUCUGGUUCACCAGAAGCGGCUUAGUCAUGCUAGCCACAUGACCCGGAAGCUGUACGCCGGCUCCCUCGGCCAGUAAAGCGAGAUGAGCGCCGCAACCCCAGAGUUGGCCACGACUGGACCUAACAGUCAGGGGUCCCUUUACCUUUACCUUCAUUAUCUUGCAUCUUUUGAGAUGGGAAAAAAAACUCCUCACGAUUUGGCAGUGUGAUGCAGGUGGACGAGUGGCUCUGAGGUUAAAAGAGUUCACCUCGUGGACUGGUUUGGUAAACAGUAUGGACUCUCUGUGUCAUGCUGCAUGCAAGGCAAAGGAUUUUGAUAGAAGCAGCCUUCUGUCCCCAUCUCAGAAGUGUUUGCAUCUUUAGGUUGGAUCUCUCUAGUCAGUAUCCCAGGACCUGGGUGUUCUACUUAGUUUUUCCAACUCCAACCCCCGCUAAAGGCCUCCUCUUGUACUUGCCAGGGCUCUGCAGAAGGAACUGCCAAGACACCAGAGUUCAACAACAACAACAAUGGUGGCAACAGCAGUAGCAGCAGCAGCAGCCGUCCUCAGUCCCAGGUGAACGGGAACGGGGGCACCACGCCCACGGUGGGCGAGGACCCAGGGGCUGGAGCCUGCCCCUCAGCCACAUCACCUUGUGCCUUAGCCAGAGACGCUGACUCGUGCAAUAACAACAGCCCGUUCUUCGGGACGCUGAGCGGGGAUCCUGAACGGUGCCCGGAGAACAAGCUUUCCUUCCCAGCUCUGCAGAAAGAGGAGUGAAUGGAAGCCGCCGUGGGUCCGAUUGGCGGGCAGUGGGGCGGUGGAGAGAAGUGUCAUGGCGUUGCAAACUAGUGGGGCUGGGGGGGAGGAUGCACCACUUCUGCAAAUCCCCAGAAUGGAAACAUUUGAGCUGGUGAGAAUGGUUAAGUGGUGGGGAGGUCGGGAGCAGAGCUUUCUUGACAACUCGCAUUUGGAGGGUUUGUGUCCUGGGUGCUUCUUCUUCCCUGUGAGUAGCAGAUGCAGCCCUGGAGGGUGGUGGAGUGACAUGGGAUGGCUUGGGGCUCUUGUCACACCUUGAGUGACCACAUCGGCGCUUUUUGCUCUCUGCCCCUUGAAUUUGCCAUUGUGCCAAUCGGAUCCCAAAGGGCGGCAUUUUUUUUCCUUUUAAAUUUUUUAUUUGAAUUUGUUUUGAUUUUUUUUUUUAAUUUUAUAGGGGGGGGAGUUGUUUUUAGGGUGCAAGAUUUAUGGUAAUUCUGGAUUUGGGGAAUGGGAUAUUUUUUAAAGGAGAAAAAGCCGGCAAGGUUUUAUUUUAAAAAGGGGCAGAUUUUUCCUGCCUGCCUUGUUAAUUUCUUGCCAGCUCCCCCACCAGCAGGCCAAACAGCAGUGUUGCUUGGGUGGGGGGGGAUGGUGGCAAACAGCAUGGAGCGAAGGGGUUUUUUUGGGGGGGUGUAGGAAAAGACAAUGAUUUUU